AUGAUAGUGAUAGCUAAACACAGCAAGGGCAAGCUGGGCAGUGAACAAAACAAUGAGAAAUUUUCUCUCCAAGCAAAGGAGAAAGACAUGAGUUAUUUACAAGAAGGUUCUGGAAAUGAGAACCUUUAUGAUGAAUUUCAUCUGGACAGUUUUUUAGCUCCACUACUCCAGGAUGAUGAUGGAAAUAUGCAGAUAAUGAAUGCCUACGGGGACCCUCAAAUACUAUGCAACUCUUAUACCUUUAGAGUCAACGAAGAUUAUGACACAACUUACUCAGCAUGCCAAAAGACAAUUCUUUCUGAUGAAGAAAUAAACAGAAACAUACUGGGUGAAGCCUUGGAGAGCUGGUUCAAGAUCACGAUUCCAAAUGGAAGAAAGUACAAGAUGUGGUUAAUAAAUUUACUCCAGAGUUAUUGCAGUGUGGGCUUCACACCAGUUGAUUUCCAGUACAUCAGAAACAGUAUACAAUUCUUUGUUCAAAGUGCCAAAACUGCUGUUGAAUUGAUGAAUAUAAACUACCAGAUAAGUGACGAGGAGAACAAAAAGAUUUCUAUCUUUGUGAAUACAUCUAGUGAACCUGCAUCUGUGUUUUAUAAGUUAACACCAGAACAAAUGCACAGCCUAAAGCUGAGCAUGAAGAAACGAUAUGAUGUCUCCAGGAAAGCUCUGUACCUCGGAAAGCUUCGCUUUGACCAAGACUUGUUAGACAGUGGAAUGGACAUAUUUUUGAACAGAAAAAGCUGCAUGACUGCCACCCUUCAAAUCAUCCAAGAGGAUUUCCCUGAGCUAUUGUCCUUGAACGUGAGCAACAACAAAAUAUACUGGCUAGAUGGCAUGUCUGAAUUAAUAGAGAAGGCCCCUCACAUAAAGACUCUCAACCUUUCAAGAAAUUUGCUAAGAACAGCAUGGGAGCUGGAGAAGAUGAAAGGGCUGAAGCUAGAACAGCUAUGGCUAGAAGGGAAUCCCUUGUGCAGCACUUUCCGAGACUAUUCUUCCUAUGUAAGUGCAAUUCUGAACUAUUUUCCGGAGUUGUCAUACUUAGAUGGCAUGAAAUUAUUCCCAACAAUUGACAUUAACACCUUGGAAAUAAUAAAACCACGCAAGGAAAGCUAUAAAGGAUCUGAGAGUCUGAAGAAUCUGCUCGUGCAAUUUAUGCUUCAGUACUACUUGAUCUAUGACUAUGGUGAUCGUCACAGUCUCCUUAGCGCUUACCAUGCAGAUGCCUGCUUCUCCCUGACCAUAACUUUCAACUCUGAAAAGGAAGACCUGAGCAACUUAGAAGACUACGUCAAAGAUAACAGGAAUAUGAUGAGGCUGAAGAACUCCCUUCUGCGGCUACAGCUGCUGAAGCACAAGAAAUGUAACAUCCUGACCUGCCUCCAUGAACUGCCAAAAACACAACAUGAUUUAAAUUCCUAUGUAAUAGACCUCUGUGUCCAGACAGAAUUCUACAAAAUCACUAUCAGGAAUUAUGAAAUCAUCAAUUCAUCUUUACAGCAUCACUACAUGAGAGUUCAUCUUCAUGUUGAUCUGCAGGAAAUUUGCCCAGUAGGGCAUUUUGAAGACACGUGGAAAUGCAACAGAGAUGAUGAAGCCCUCUUUACAUUCCAGUUCGGCAUCAGAACCCAAGUGUCGCAGUAUGCGCCACGCGCAGCACUCUCAACUGGCAAUCUUAUCACUCCACUUCCCUAA